GUCCCCUUUAAGAGAACCAUGGCACCUCUCAAGUCGAGGCAGACAUUUUUCAAUGCAAGAUUUUUCCUUGCAUAAAUUAUGUUCAUGACGUAGUGCCAAAGGCCAAUUUUGUGGCAAAUUUGUCCGACUUAACAGCUCAAAGAGGAUCUUGUGAGUCACCUCUAGGAUUUUGGAUGGUCUGAACUGUUGCAGAAAAGGGCAUCGUCAUUAAAUAUUAAGAGGGACGAGAUCCUAACAUUGCAACCCUCCUUAUCAAUGCAAAUACCUCUUUUGUGUGCAGUCACAGCGCCUGUCUGGGAGCUGAGAUGAAUUUUUAAUUAUGUGUGACUGAAACAAACUGUGACAAGGACCUUUUAUAAGGGCGGAGGAUUACAGAAAAUAAGCUGCAUUUACGCGGUAAGUUGCAAAUAACACUCGGAGUCUGCUCGUGUCUGCGUUUCGUGCGGUGCAGCGAAAUGGCGAGAGGAAAUGAGUUUUGGUUAAUAUGCAAUGUUCGUAAUUAGCAUAAUUUAUAUAUUUAUGAUAAAGAGAGGGAAAUACAUAAUAUUCGGUCUCUUGGCACGGGUCGAGAUGAUUUCUGUCGCUUUGUAGUCGGUGGGUAGCGCUUGUCUCCAAAAGUGGCCGACGCGACGAGACUUUUAUUGGGCAGGAUGGGGGUGGGGAGCCCAUCAACACCCGCUGAAGUUUUGACAGAUCCUCAUUUCUAGCAGGGCAUUGCAGCAGGAAAUGCGCCAGUUGCAAUCUUUUCUCGAUCUGUUGUGAAAUUGCUCACUCUCCAUGCGCACGACCAGCGUUGUUUCACCACGUUUUUCUGCAGCCAAAGUGCAACACAAUAUGGCCUGCUUAUACAGGCCCCUCCAAAUAGUCUGGUCCUGCAAUGACAGAAAUAGCAAUGAAUAAAAAAAAACAGCCUUCUGCAUGUGUUUGCCAGUUUUAAGCCUUCCAGGUGCAGAUACUACGGGUUAACUGGGGUCACUAACAUGAAACUUCAUGAGUGUUUAUUCCUCAGAUGAUUGAAAAUAAAAAGUUAGACAUUAAAUCAAAGAUCUGGAUAUUUUCAAGCUGGAUUACUGGUAAAUAAAGACAGCAUUGCUUAUGUAUUUCAAGUCUGUAUGUGUCUAUAAAACUGUCAAAGCUUUAUUAAGUGGCUGUUGGGGUUUUUGCAUUUGCAUGUAUUGUUAUUUUUAGAUUUAAGAGGAAGUUUGUUAUUCUCAUGUUUCACAAGGUCAUGAAAGAUGUUUUUGUUUUCAUUUGGGAAAAGAGAACUUUAACUUCUUCUUCUUCCAUGUUUUUUCUUUCAUGAAUGUUUCCUCUCCAGAAUGCUCGGAGGGCAGUGACGAGCCAUGAACUCCCAGGACCUUCCUGCCAAAGAUGCCCCUCUCACCGUCAAUGAGCAGGUAACACUCACCUGUAUGUGGAGGUAAAGAGGAGGCCUUCCUCUCCUCUUAAAAACAACACAAAACAGUCAAAUUCGAUAAUAUUUUCUGUAGUCUGAAAGUGUUUUUCGCCCCUCUCACCCUCCAUUUGCAAACACGCCAUUUCAUAAUGGAAUGAUUAACUUCCAGGACCUUUCUUUGUCAUCAUACAAUAAUACCUGCCGCCCUAUGCUUGUGAAGUUUACCGACUUUUAAACUGCCUUCCUUAAUGAUUAAUUGUGUUUUUUCUCUCUUUAGUAACACUGUGUUUAGACGUAGUCGGCAAACAAAAGCAAUGCUCUUCAUGGAUGCACUGAUGAAAGCAUUGCUCGAGCUGCUUGUUGGCUGAUGCUCUUAUCACUGUUUUGGUGUAAUCAUGCUCUUUUCAUUUGUGUCUCUUUUGUUUUUGUUUCUUCUACUUUUUUUUUUGUCAUUGUGUCCUAACAUGUGCUUGGCUUCUCUGUUCUCCUUAGCCAUUCACUGUCUGACUGCAGAAGUCUUUUUACAGCCAUUUAAAUCCUGCUCUUUGAAAUCCCCCCAGCCAAAGACAACCAGGUAUGCAUCCUCCUCUCUCCUCCUGCAUUGUCUUUCGAGUCUGACCGAUAGGGCUGCGAUGCCAUCAUGACGACAGGUGAUGCUUAAGUAGAUGAGGCUGUAGGUAAUGUGGCAUAUCAGAGAUUAAAAGUGCGGAAAAAGCAGCAGGAAGAUCAGGUGUGUGUUAGUAAAGCGGAGGGAUGGAGUGAGCACAGAGGGUAAAGCUGCAGUUUUAAGAAGCGUUGAUGAGUUUGACUGUACAGUGAAAGACUUACAAGUCUGCAUCAUAUAAAAUAUAAACUCAAAACUAUUGAUCUGAGUCCGUCCAUGUUAAAAAUGAAGGCCAGAACGUGGUUGAGCUUGAUGUCUCUGCUGAUCAUAUUAGCCAACUGCUUUAUCGGUCAGGCUCUUUUUCUCUCUGCACCUUGCCCUCCUGUCCAGACUGUCUUGCUGCCUCUUGCAUAGGUCUUCAUUGUGCAUACCAUAAACCAUUAAUUUUGUCAAAAUUACACUUUCUCCAUGUCUUAAAGGGAUUUUCUGGCGUAAGAUUAGUUUAGGAUCAAACACACCAUAACACCGAGUUCGACACCCCACUGAGAGAUGAAUGUUGCCGACUGCUUACUUCUCUAGUUUUACCAACUUUAGUAACGACCGCAGGAUAGCGAUACACAGCGGUCCGAGGAGCCAUAAACAAACCUCAACCAAAACGCUACAAAUAAUGCUCAGAACAGCACCUAACUUCAUCAACAGGACAUAUAGGGUCACAGACAUAGUACUAGCCACCAAACAUCUUUUUAACUUUGUCUAAUUUCUUUAGCAAAGACACUAAACACAACUCACCUACUCUCUUCCAGCAGCCGCUUUUUUGUAGCGAGACCUCGGGCCAGUCUAUUACAGACUACAGUAAGGUGAUGCAGCUCAAGGAAGAACAUUUAUGAUCAUUUCUUCAUGGAAAUACAAUCAGACCGAGACGCUAAGGCAGAAGAACUACCGCGUCUGCAAAAUGAUUAAUAUGGUGAUUAUUACUUCAAAGAAAUGAUGAAGAAAUGAUCAUAAAUGUUCUUCCUUGAGCUGUGUCACCCCGCUGUAGUCCGUAAUAGACUGGCCUGAGGUCUCGCUACAAACAAGCGGCUGCUGGAAGAGAGUAGGUGAGUUGUGUUUAGUGUCUUUGCUAAAGAAAUUAGGCAAAGUUAAAAAGAUGUUUGGUAGCUAGUGCUGUGGCUGUGACCCUAUAUGUCCUGUUGAUGAAGUUAGGUGCUGCUCUGAGCAUUAUUUGUGGCUAUAGAGUGGCGUUUUGGUUGAGGUUUGUUUAUGGCUCCUCAGUCCGCUGUGUAUUGCUUUCAUGCGGUCGUUACUAAAGUUGGUAUAACUAGAGAAGCAAGCAGUCGGCAACAUUCAUCUCUCAAGGGGGUGUCUAACUUGGUGUUAGGGUGUGUUUGGCCCUAAAUUAAUUUUACCCUGGAAUAUCCCUUUAAAGAGCUGACAUAGUUGUGGACUACUUUAUUUAUAACUAUAUGAACCCACAAACUUAUCAUGCAGUCCUGUUAAAUGUAUUAAAUAUGCACUGUUGAGUGGAACAGGCAGCUCAUUUCGCUGGAGUUGUUUUAUUCUUCUGCCUUUUUUCCACACAGGUCAUUGUGAUGUCUGGCCAUGAGACUAUUCGUGUUCUAGAGGUCGAAGUUGAUGCCCCUCAGCCAUCAUCGCUCCCUGAUGUCAAAAGUGAAAGAAAAGCCGAGGAAGGAGUGGUCCAGCCUGCAGAGAAACCUGAUGCUUGCAGCUCUCAGGAAAGCUCUUCUGUGCCCCGGAGCUCUGAGGGAGCAGGUAAAUCAUUCCAGUGAAUUGAUGUGGGGGCAGAUGACUAAUUCUUCAAACACAGAUGACACUGUAGUGUUGAAAUGUCAAUAGCAGCUAUAAAAAAAAGCACUUUAAAUGUUAGAGAGCCAUGACUUUGGAUGUGCUUUUGCAGCCCUGGAUGAGCAGCAGGUGGUGUCUGCAGAGGCUUCAGCUCCUACCGGCCCGGCGCUGACUCCUGCUGUCACUGUCAGCGUGUCCCUGCCACAGCCACAGACCACCAUGCCCAUCGCCGUCCAAGGCUGCCCACAGGUAUAACCCGCUGAGAGCACGUCUACAUCCAUCAAAUUUAAGGUGUUUUUGUUGCAGGAAGUGCUUUUAAAACAAAGGAAAAUCCUGCUCGCUUUUCGUUCCGCUCACAUUAUUUCUUGUCUAAAAUUUAAGCGUCACAAGGAUUAAUGUUGCUAUCAUUACCCGCGGGCUACUGUAGAUGAAUUACUGAAGUCACUGAAUGAGGCAAUCAUCUCUAGUGCAUUUUGAUUGUGAAUGAUGGGACAAGUUUGACACUAAAUACAGAGCUGGAGGCUAUAAGAAAUGUGAACACCAUCAUUUGUGGCAAUUGAAGAAAUCUAAGACCAUACUGUUGCAGCAAGAAUAAACGCAGUACACUUUUUAAAACCUCAAAAGUGGAGAGCAGAAAGGUGGAGUAUUAGUGCAAGAAACUGUAUCAUUACUUCAUUCAGUAAAAGUGACCAUGCAGAUAAUAAGAUAGAAAUGUAACCCUCACACUCGAUGAUUGUAAUCUUUCGUUUCGCCUCGUAAGGUGCUGACCCAGGAGAGCCUGGCCACUCUGAUGACCGGUAUGAUGGCUCAGACGGGGUCCCUGGGGCAGCCCCUGCUCAUCCCCUUCAGUAUGGCGGGCUCCAUUGGCGGACAGGGCGGCCUGGCUGUUCUUACUUUGCCAACCACAAAUGUUGCCACUCUGCCGGGACUCACUGCGGCUAGCCCUGCGGGAAACCUCCUCAAACUGCCCUUUGCUGGCCUCCAAGGUAGAAAACCAACCGUCUUUGUAAAACCUUAUUCCAUAUUUCAUUUUUGAGUGAUGCUGAAAUAACAAGUGUUGCUUAGUAAGUAAGAAGCAAUCCUCAAGUACAGUACUUGAGUAUAAUUUGAAGUGUCUGUACUUAAUUGGAGUUUUUUUGUGCCUGUGACUUUUACUUUUACUCCACUACAUUUCACAGAAGCAUCUUUGCUACUACUAUUUUUACUCCAUUACCAAGACAGCAGGUAGUGGAAAAAAAGUUUUUUUCCACUUUUACCUAAUGUUGAUUUGCAUUGCGCUUGAUCAUCGUCAAUCAGUCACUAAGGGCCGCUUGCAGGCUGCACAGUUGCUUGCAUACACCUAAAUGUCCAGUGGCUGUUUUGGUGAUUCUCAUUGUGCCCAACUGGCAUUCUAAUUUCUUUGACUGUUGGAGGAUUCACGAUUGUUUCUCCUGAUCAGUGCUUUAAUCAGGGGUCUGUCUGUCUGUCCGUCCCUCCCAUUUUAUUUUUCUAAGCUGUUGCUUGCACCGGCCUAAAAUGUGUGCUAAUUUUGGCCUAAGUGACUUUUGCAGUAAAUAUAUUUAUUUGUACUUUAACUUUGACAUUUUACUUUUACUUGGAGUAUGUUUACUUGAGUACUUUUGAUACUUAAGUAGAAAGAAUGUGAUAUACUUUAGGACUUUGACUUAAGUAGAAUUCUCAUGGGAGACUUUCACUUUGACUUGUCAUUUUCUGGUCAGGUAACUGUACUUCAACUCAAGUAUAUUUGUUAAGUACUUCAUACAACACUGGAAAUAACACUCUUUAAAUAAGUAAAGUUAAUGUGCAACAGAGUAGUGGUAUGCCUGGGUAAAAAACGGCACUCCAGAGAGGUUUAUCCCUGGAUGGUUGUGAUCUCCGGGCUCCCCAUGUGGCGCUGCAUUAAAAACAGACUAAACUCUGCAGUGGAAAUCGCUACAUGGGCUCAAAAUCACAUCUGAUGUCUGAGUCACACAACAUGACCAUGCUGUGUGUCUCUUUUCUGUCUCUCAGCUGCUACCGUCCUGAACUCCGUCCAGCCCCAGCUGCACACAAACGCACAGACGAUGUUCCAACACCAGGCGGCAUCUGUUCAGCCCAUGCAGGCAGCUGUUCAUCAGGUGACGUCUCAGCCAACACAGGUGACCAACGCACAGGUCACUGCUGCUCAGGUGGCGGCAGCCCAGCCCACCUCGGCCGCCACCACUGUAUCCCAGUCCAACAUAUCCGUGGCGGCACUCCAGACCGCAGGACUCUCCAUCAAUCCUGCCAUCGUAAGAACACUACAAAUGAUUCUUCUGCUUUUUCAUAACUCCAGGACUGUGAUUGUACGUUCUGAAUGUUGUGUUUUCCUGCUCAGAUCAACGCUGCCUCCCUGGGAGCUCAGCCUCAGUUCCUCAGCUCCCUCACCUCCACUCCUAUCCUCACCAGUGCCAUGUCCAACAUGGCCGGCCUCACCAGUCACAUCAUCACGAAUGCACAGGGACAGGUGCGCUUCAGAAAAUACUACUGAAUUCACGCAUUUGAAUAAUGUUGCAUUUCUUUGUACAAUAUUGUAUUACAUAGUAUAUUCAAACAGGAGAAUAAAGUCGAAAAAUGGUAUUAAAUUGAUUAUACUGAUGUAUCAUUAGCCGCUGACAGGCCUUAGAUUGCAUAAACACAAAGCAGAGAGCGAUAAUUACAACCGAACUUGAUGCAAAAUCACUUCUACUUGAAGCAGAAUUAAAAUGUUAUUGUGUUUCUGUGUUGAGAAUGAAAGCUCUGAGCCUCCACUUAACAUCACUCAGUCGAGCUGUUUGAAGUCAGCAGAGCAUGUGGAAACUGAUUGUCCUCUCAAAUAGUUUCAUUACUCAAUCUUGUGAUUAUUGCUGCUCAUUAGAGUUAGUCUGCAGAUAAGCAGCUCUUAAGAAACAUGAUCGGCCUCCAGGUGAACUUCUCAUCCAGAGAUGGGAUGAGUGCAGCGCAGUGACGGGUUGUUGAAAAUCCUCUCAGGUCAUAGGAACCCUCCCUUUACUGGUGAACCCGGCGUCUCUGGCAGGAGGGGCCGCCACUUCCACUCUACCCCUCCAGGGCCUUCAGGGACUCCAGGGACUCCAGGGUCUCCAGGUCCAGACUGUCACCCCACAACUGCUUCUUAACACCCAAGGUCAGAUCAUCGCCACGGUGGGGAACGGGCCUGCUGCAGUUGCGUCUUCUGCUGCGGUUCUGCCAAAAGCUGCUGCUCCUCCGACACUUUCAAAGCCGAGCACGCAGGUACUCAGCAAAGACAAACACACACUCUUGAAGCUCUCUUCUUUUAUUUGCAUGAUUGCCUGAUGACAUCUAAUAACUAUUUCUUCGUCAGGCUUCUGUAACAACCGUCACUCAGUCACCAGUUGUUAUCGCCCCGCAGCCAUCCGUGCUAAAGACAUCCACCACCCUCUCCUCCACUGUCCCCAUCACCUGUGGUGAUCUAGCAAAAGUGGGCCAGCUUGUCAGCAGUAUGUACACCUGCUUCUUACCGGAACAUAGAUCUGUUCAAAGUGGGAGGAUAUUUUUAACCGGAUUCGUCUCGUUUUUUUAGAACCGCAGCAGGCAGUGAGCAGCGAGGAGGGCAUUAAUCUGGAGGAAAUUCGAGAGUUCGCCAAGAAUUUCAAGAUCCGUCGGCUGUCCUUGGGGCUUACUCAGACACAAGUAGGGCAGGCUCUGACUGCAACUGAGGGUCCGGCUUACAGCCAGUCUGCCAUUUGCAGGUAAUUAACUCCUCUGCUCAUGUCACCUUUUACAGUAAAGUUUGUUUAGUAAAAACAAGGGAAACAUCAAUAGUUAAAGACAUUGGUGUGUGCAUUCACUAACAUCAGAUCAAAAAUGUUCUACAUUUCUACAAAAGCACGUUCUGUCAUUACCUUGGUGCUCUGAAGUACUGAGCAUUUAAUCCAGAGAUUCUUAUAUUAAUGAGAUUAUGUGAAGAUUACUCAUUUAAGCACACACUCGUACCAUACUCAGGCUCAUUUAACCCCUUAAAUCCAGUUAGUCCAGCCAGUUUGAGUUCUCUGUAUGCUUCCUCGGGUCUGGAACAGCUGGAAGAGGUGAACUUUAAAGCGGUAAUGUUUGCACACAAGCACAACAGUGAAGUUAGAUCUACCUUUAUAUAAAAUGGGAGGAAAGAGGGUAAAAAAAUGACUCCCAUACUGACAUAUGGAGAGAAAUUAAUGAUUAAAUAGAGCAUAUUAUGAGCAGGGGAUUCAGUGCGAAAGAAAAGCAUAAUCAGUCACAUUGUCUACUGCAAGCUGAUCAUGUUUAAGCUUCGAGAAGAACGAGGAGGACUUUACUGACUUCAUAGGUGGAUGUAAGAGUAGAAAAAUGAUCAGAUAUAGCCUCAGACGCUGUCUUUGUCUCUUCUUUCCCUCUCAGCUCAGCAGGAAAAUGAUUAUGUUAAUGAUCAGAUAGAUUCAUAAAUUUGACAACACAUUUGAAUUUACCUUUUUGGACACAGCUAGGCUCAUUUGGAGGAUUUUGAUGAGUGUCAAAUAAGUGCUGGUGGAUUUUAUUCCCUUCAUAUGGAGCCUCAGCUUGCUGCAUUCUAUUGUCUUUUUUAAAAAUCUAAGACAAACUUAAUUAAGCUAACUAGUAAAUAAGUAGAUUCAAACACUGAAAUGUUUCUUCAAAUGUUUGGUUUUACCUUGAAGGAGCUUCUUAUGUGUUAGUAUCAGGUCUCAUUAGAUGCUUCAGACUGAACUUGAUUUCGUGUUGCAGGUUUGAAAAGUUGGAUAUCACUCCAAAGAGCGCUCAGAAGCUGAAGCCGGUCCUGGAAAAGUGGCUCGCUGAGGCGGAGCACUGGAACCAGAAAGGCCAGCAGAAUCUGAUGGAGUUCGUCGGCGGUGAACCAUCCAAAAAACGCAAGCGGCGCACCAGCUUCACGCCGCAGGCGAUAGAAGUCUUGAACUCAUACUUUGAGAAGAACGCAUUACCAACCGGCCAAGAGAUUACAGAAAUUGCGAGAGAGCUGAACUAUGACCGAGAAGUUGUACGAGUUUGGUUCUGCAACCGGCGACAGACGCUAAAAAACACGAGCAAGAUCAACGUCUUCCAGGUUCAGUAGUAAACUUGAAGUCUCCUGUUGAGAAGUUGGACGUUUGAUACAACAGCACAGAUUAAGAUUGUGUUGUAAAUAAAAACCUAACCACAAUAAUCACUUUGUAAGAAAAUGAAGGAAAAUGAGCAUAAUUUAUGAGAGAGAACUUAACAUAUGUUUUAUUUUCAGGAUGUAUAUGUGUAAAAAAACUCAAGUGUGGUGGAUUCUGGGUAAAACUGCAUGGUCCUCUUCUUAAAUACAGUGAUAUGAUGUUAUAUUUAAAACAUUUGACUUUUAUAAGAGUGCUUUUGUAGGAUAACCCUGUGGAUGGAGCGGCUGUUCAUUGAGUCACUUUGAUUUAGUCACAUAUUUGUCAUUUUGCAACAAUAACUGACUUGAUGCUGAUGUUUGAAUAACAUGCUUUUGCCAACACGGAUGUUGAAAGCUGCUCAUUUAAUUUUAUAUCAGUGAAGUAUUUGUACUGCCUGAGCAGCCUUGCGUACAUAUUAAGAUUCUGGCAGACAGAAUAAUCCUAAGACUGAAAUCAGACGAAAGACUUUAACUUUAUUUUGAACAGAGCUGUUUGCCUGAUGAACAUUUCUUUUACUGUCUAACACUUUUUGGACAAUCAUUAUUUAGAUAUUAAUGAUAAUCACAGAGAAGAGCUUCAAACCUGUAAUGGAACAAAAUGUGACACAGUGUUGGGCCUCCAUAGAGAGGAUAUGUGUUCAGAGUAAACAGAUUCUUUCAAAGUGAAGUUAAAGCUCUUUUAACGCCAUGACUGUAAACUUAUGUCAGUGUUUUUUAUACUUUAAUGUUCAUUUGUGAGAUGCUAAUCUUGCAAAUGUAUGUGCUGUAUGUGUCUGAAACAUAUAAUGUGCUAAUAAUACUCUGAGAGUAUCUUUUUUACUGCUCUGGCUGUUACCUAAAUGCUUUUUUCAUCACAACUUUGGCUCAGUCAACCUUAGAGAAGUUGCUGCCUGUUAACAUCAACCCCAGACUCUUUCUAAACUCCUUUAAAGUUUCAUAUCAAUCAAACUGUUCUGAAUUUAACAAACUUAAUGUACAGCCCAUAAAGGGGCUCUGUGGUUUCUGAAAUGAGUGUGUGCUGGAUUUUUGACCUGACUGAAGCGGAAGAGUGUUUGCAUGUGCUGUGUGACAGUAGUUUCUGUAAGAUUAAUAUGACGGUUUCCUCUCUAGAAAGGAAAACUAUAAGAUUACAUUCAGUGGAUGGUUUCAGGAUUUUAAUAAAACAGCAGCUUUGCUAUAGAAACAGAAGCAGCGCUGAGAAAUUGCAACCAUCAGCUUAAAAAAUAACACAGAGUAGUUUAUGUGCAGAUGCAAUGCAGAUUCAUCUAUAAUGAUCACAUUCUACGAGUUUGUGGUUCACCAGAGAUCAUGUACUGGGCCUGCAUUUUGGUCUCAGUAGCCCUUUUGUUGCAGUGGACAUGCAGUAAACCUUACAUUUUAAAAUAACUCAUUUUGCAAACUAUCAUUUUAACAUAUGGAACGAGCAUUUAAUGUAUGGUUCAAUAAAAUAAGUUAUCACAACAGGAAUAAAUGACUAAAGUUUAAUAAGAUAUCUUAUGUCAGCUAAGCACAGGUCUUUGUCAGAGAAGGGUGAAACAAAAGUUGGAUGAUUUUUUUCUGUCAGAUCAACAAAUAAACCCUGUCUUUAUUAACUACC